UACAGUGCGGUUCGUCACACAUUUUUUCUCUCUGUCGUGUUUCACUCUGUAUCAAUUUUUCUGUUAUUUAUUAUGAACUUUUUGAAUCGAUUCUUCGUGCCGUUCCUUACAACUUACCUGUAUGUGUACAGUUACUAAUCAUCGCUCUAAAUAAUCAAUCAACUGCAACUCGUGUUAGUACUACCUACCUACCUAUAUUCAAGCCUAGCUGUACUUUGUUGAUUUCCGCUAUUCUUUCGAAUCCUUGCGCGUGCUCUUCCUCAUCCGAAGAAUCGAAAUUGUGUAUAUGUGAAUUACCGGAACAAGAAUAAAACAAACAAGUGCAUCCCUUAAUUGUGUGCAUAGUGUAACCCUGAGUUUUGUUUUUGGAUUAACCAACUGGCACGCCACCCACAAACCUAACCGGUCACCCUAUUUUGGUUGGUUCGAUGUGCAUCUACGCUGCUUCCGGCGAGACAACCCGGCGGAUCUGUUGCGGUCCGACUGUUUUCAUGUUCCGCUUCCGGUCACUCUGUGGCUAGGGCUGUGACUGCCGAAUAAACUAAUGGAGUCUCGUGGUCUGUGGUCAUUUCCGGUGUUAUGUUAAGUGCGUAUACAAUGAUCUAACACUUCCGUUAUUUCGUUUGCUCGGUUUGGGACCACGAGAUGAAGAUUUCGCUACCGUUUACCAUUACUACUACUAUUACUACCAUCACUACCACUGUUACUGUGUACUACUAAAACUAUCUCGGAUACGUAACUUUGUAACUGUGCUCAGCGGGCUACAUCUUUGCUGAACUGUCCGUCGUGAACUAUGGAUUUCCGUUCAAGGUUUAAGUGUUUAAAGCUUGCCCGAGUCUGUGUGUUCAGCGUGAGCUUCAAAGUGUUAUUUUUCGGUUGAAACUGAACAGAAGAAAAACUCGUAAAACUAUUACUACAACUGACUGCUUAAACUCUACUAUGUGUGGAAUUUUUUUCUGUUUCCUCAACUGAUUGGAAGCGUCGGGGACUUUGUGGCAACAUUCGGAGCAGAGCAGAGAAUCGUCUUCAGUGUGGUGAGGAAGAAAGUUUUUUUUUGGUAUCUGUGUCACGUCCGGAUAUAAAAUUUAUUCUACCCGAGGAACGCCCCUUGCUGCCUUCCGACGAACGAAUCUCUCCGGCGACUCUCACGCGAAAACCCGGAAAAAGCCCCAAAAGCGAGGAAAACUAUCGAUUUUCCUCCGGACCGGCUUCCCACUUUCGGUUGGCUGGCUACACAUUUUUCGGGUUCGGUCUGCGUGAGUGUGUUUUAAAGCGGCAAGUGAAGUAACUUUUAUUACCUCGGGGUGACCCUCGACAUUGGAUCGAAUCGAAAACAUGAAUUGACUUUUCGCGACCUGCUGCCACUUCCGUACCAACUCCUCCGCGCACUUGGGCUCAUCGUGUGAAACAAGCAAACAAACAAGUACCUGAUAAAAUGCCCCGUUGUUUGAUGGCGAAAAAGUGGAAGGCUUACCCGUGGCCAGAUCGGGUCGAGGACUGCCAAACACCAGGAAGUUCAUCAACGACAACAACGACGUCGACAACGGCGGGUAGCUCAGCCCCAGCAACACCCUCUCCUCCGCCAGCACCGACUGUGAUAGUCGAAGUUCUCGAGGAGGAUGAAGAAAUCGACGUCGUGGGAGAUUCACCGGCGGCUGCCGCUACCAAGAAUUCCUCAGUCCCGGCCGCAGUGGGCAUCGAGCCCGGUGCUACUGCUACAGCGGCUGCCACCUGUUGGGGUCCUUCCUCGCCAACGGCUGGUGCGACGGCACCCAGUCCACCGCCACACUCACCGGAAGCUGCCACCCGGGAUGCGUCUUCAACGAUUCUUUACAACGGAUACACGCCGGACAUCUCACACCACUUCACCGCUUUUCUACCGAAAAUAGAACACGAUAGCGGUUACCAGCAAACCCACUACAUUCUGCCGCCGACGCCAACAUCUCCGCCUCGCUCGCCUGGAGACGAUCCCCAGCGAAGUCCAACACACGGAAGUCCCUCGUCAGUAAGGAAACCUCUAUUCACCAGUAGUUCCGGUACGGCGCUAUCACUACCGCCCAAGAAAAAAGACAUCUACCGACCAUAUUCGCUGGACGACAGGCCACGGAAUUACGAAAUACGAAUCCCCGCGGAAGAAGACCUCCACGCAGCGCACGCGAUACUUGACCUCAGCGCAUCGACAGCGUUUCAUCCACCUCCUGCACCACAUCAACUCCUGCAGCAUCAGCACCAACAAUACCUGGAUGAAGAGCGAGGACACACCAUUCCCAGCUCGCUAGGAUCUCCGGAGCAGAACGAGAACAGAAACAGCACCAAUACCCUGGAGGAUAAGAAAUCCGGCAAAACGAUAGCCUAUACAUAUGAAGCAUUCUUCGUGAGCGACGGCCGAUCUAAAAAGAAAGUGGCCGAUCAUAAAACGGUCCUGGAGACCAAAGCCAAGUACACCUGCACAGAGUGUGGCAAACAGUACGCUACCUCGAGUAACCUUUCGCGGCACAAGCAAACACACCGAAGUCUAGACUCACAAUCUGCCAAGAAGUGUAUGACCUGUGGUAAGGCCUACGUCUCGAUGCCAGCACUGGCGAUGCACGUCCUAACGCACAAACUAUCCCACAGCUGUGGAGUCUGUGGGAAACUAUUCUCGAGACCCUGGCUGCUGCAGGGCCAUCUGCGAUCGCACACCGGAGAAAAACCGUACGGUUGCGCACACUGCGGAAAAGCGUUCGCCGAUCGAUCAAACUUGAGAGCGCACAUGCAAACUCACUCCAUAGACAAGAACUACCAGUGCCAGCGUUGUCACAAGACGUUUGCGCUGAAAUCGUACCUCAACAAACACCUGGAAUCCGCAUGCUUCAAGGAUGACUCGUGCAUGAGUCCACAAAUACUAGGAUCGAAUAACAAUCUGGACAACAUCGAUAACAACAACAAACUGGUGAGUGCGUCGAUAGUGGACAAACUCGGUGCAAAGUUGAUGGUGAAAAAGGAGAACAACAACGACGAAGCUUUAAAUCAAAACUUUGCCACUUUGGCAGCGGCUGCAGCUGCCAGCGGGGCUGGCGCAGGAAGCAUCCUUGUAAUGAAGAACGUGGCCAGCAGUUUACUAGCAGCGAGUAGCAAUAGCUUAAGUAGUAACGGCUCAUCCCCGGCAACGGCAGCAGCAGCGGCGGCGGCUGUGCUAGGAGGCACCGCCAUCUUGACGACUGGCAGCCAUCCGACAGCGGCGGUCCACAUUAACGUUAACUUCAGCGGGUAACCAAUAGUGGACGCGGCCGCUCUGACCGCCACCAAGGCCUAUCGUAUUAUUUUAAACUGAAUGCAAAGACACGUUCCACCUGUGCGGUGGAUGAAAACAGAACGCCCGAGAACGUGCUUGCGAGUUGUGUUCAGUUUUUAUCGCUGUCUCCCUCUCACUCUAGCUUCAGGCAGCUAGUGCUAGUGGUAUAGUAGUUUGCAAGUUAAACCAAAAGCAUUGUAGAGAGUGAGAGAAGCAGUUGUAAGUAGCAUUCCAUUUUUAAACGAAUUCUUCAUUUUCCCGUUUCUUAGCUUCUUCUUCUCUUGAACUCAUAAGAAAUACAUCCUUUCGCGAAGCAAUACUCCAAUGGCGAAAGGCUGCAUUAUAUACACUUGCGACAUCCGUAAACGAAACAAAAAAGUAUUUACACCAAAAAAAAAACCGAACGCAUUAUACAAUUUUAACCAAAGUUUUUAACAAACCAAGCAAGCAAUCCCGAGAGCAAUUCAAUUCAAUUAAUAUAAUACAACGAUUCAAUUAUUCGUUGACUGCCAGUGGUUGUAGGUGACACGAAGUUAAACCACUGUCAGUCCUCUGUUCAGUACACCAUAUGCUUAGGCAAUAUACCUUUCCUCGAAAUGUAUUUAUUAAACUAUUAUUAUUCUAAUUAGAACCUGUAGACACUAAACACAAACACAGAGAAAAACUACACUCCGACGACAACUACGAUGAUGAUGAUAAUGAUCCAACGAAGUCAAAGUAAAACGAAAAGCAAGGUUAUGUUUAACAAUUAGGAAAUUCAGAAAAGAAUCAAGACAACAAAAUAAGUUAUCAAACCUUCAAGUAAUUACCUUCUGAACCCCGAGUGAUGUAAGUCGCGCUCCACCCUCCACCAUUCCAGUCUUUAUCAACUUCUUGUAACUAUGUGGAACCCUUGUCAACCACGGGGCUGGCGGAAGCCCUUAUCGCGAACUAGGCCGAAAGCAGUGUGUGGCAGAAAAGAACGCGCCGCAACUUUGAGGUUAUCAGAAGCAGUGUCAAAUGUUUCCCCGUCUCCGGCUCGCAGUAAGUAGGCGUUGCUCAACUUGCCCUCUAACUUGCAACACAAAAACAACAACAAUAUCAGCAAGAGCUAGAAAGCCAGCGACAGUGUUAUCAAUGGUAAGAGAUCGAAGCCUGGCAGGAUGUCAACCUGGUGUUGCUGCACCAGAAAUAAGAGCUGGGGUUGGGGGAAAGGAAAAAAAAUGGAAAAAAUGAAGAAAUAAAUACCCUACAACACCCCCCCCCGCCCCCUCUUCCGACCAAAAACCCUAGCUGUCUGUAGGGCGCCACAGGCACUGUUGCUGAUAAGUCGAGCCUGAUGGGUCACGCAAGAUCCUCGAGGCAGCUUUGUGACAGGUCUUCAUUUUCGUUCGCUUGAAUCGAACCGAGUGUAGCUACUUCGAGCGGUUUCGUUGUACGGUUGGUUGUUGGUUGGGGGUGGAAAAGAUGAUUGCAGGAGGUGGGUUGCGCAAUGAGAGAUGAAGCUCGGUGGCGAUAAUGAAGAAGAGGAUGGUUUGAUCGCAAAUGUGGCUGAUGUGCAGCAGUUUGGAGACUGCGGUUAUCUGUACUUGGUCAGCCUAAACUUUUAAGAAUUCCGCGCGGCCUUGCAAUGUUUUCCGUUGUAAAAACAGUAGCAAAAACAUAUAUUUGAAUAGCUGUAUCAAAAGCCAGCUAUCUUCUUAUUAUGCGAUUGUUUAGGGAAAAUCAAACGUCACCAUCGCUAUCUUUCAGUCAGCGUGAUUCCAAUCGAGUACGAGUCAAAAGAUUUUAACACGUGAAAAAUUUCUUCGAAUCCUUCUCGAACGAGAGCCAUUUGGCAGUGACUUUCCACAUCUCGAAACGAAAUGUAUUUUGUAUGCAAGCUUGUAUGAAAAAGUCGUUCCGACUUGGGUUCGUAAUAAGGCACAAGGUCUCGUGUUCGAUUGGAAUGACACUGACAGAUAAAUGAUAAACAAAAGAUAGAAAUGCCUUAAUUAGGCUGUGAACCAUUUGGCGAAAUUUUUAACAUUUGGUUAAAAUCCAACCCAGGAACAACUUGACAGAUAGUGCUUGUUUCAUAUAUGUACCACCGAUUUGAUGGUGGCGCUAGUAUGCCUUCUCUGUACGAGUACCACGAACAGCGAAACGAAAAAGUUUCAAGAGAAAAGCGUGAUUCGUUACGUGUGUUAUGAACGCCGUCAAUGCAGCUAGAACAACAUUUAGAAAAAGCGUAUUCCAAAAUGUGGCUAAAGAAAACUAUUAUUAGAGAAUUAAUUUAUUCCUGGAAACUUUCAUCAACCUUAUUAUAAAUUAAGCUGGAAGUCGUUGUUUUUAGCAACCGGCUCUCUUGCUUCCUAAAAAUGUUUUGGUUUUCUUGUUGUGUGAAGUUUGUAGUCGGUAAAUCAUUGGUGUUUUUUUCUUUAAAAAUUUAAAUGAUAAACAUUUUGGCCAAUGAAAGUAAAUCACCAAGCUUUCGAAGUAAAUCACCAACAAUUCGUGAACCUACGACAUUUUGUUUCAAGUUCAUUAAGAACAUCAAGAAUUCUAGUAUUUUGAUCAGGAAAAUAAACAAUAUAUGCAGGUUUUUCUACUUAUUUAACAAAAUUGGUUUUGAAUACAAUUUGUGAGCUUUUAUCAGAACUCUGGCAGCAAACCGGUAAUGCUCGGUUUCAGCAAGGGAAUGUACAAUUUUGUUCGACUCCUACCAGAGUUUUGUUUGAUAUUUGCAAUAAUUCUGUCCGGAAGAUAUUGCGAUGGUUUUGGUACGGAUCCUUUCAGAACUAUUCUGGCAUUUUACUCCAAUCUGAUAGAAACCUAACGGAACGACAUCUACCGGAGGAUUUCAUGCCUGGGGAGAUGUUUAUUCGAUCCGGAAGAUUUUCGGAAAUUCCAAUAUAAGUGGAAGUGGCUUUAUUUUGUGUUCUUGUAUUUCCGAAAAUCGAUUUAUUUUAUUUUGGAUUUUUUAGAUUCAAAAUGGAAUCUAGAUUUCUGUUUAGGUAUGGUAAUGGACAGCUUGUGAUUUGAACAGCGAAAUAAAUUUGAUGAUAGAAAUGCUUAAAUUGUUUAGCUGGAAAAUAAUAAAUGGGAUGCGCCUUUUUCAAAUUUUGCUCCAUACGAGCAGCUGUGACAUCACCAAAUAACCACAAAAUUUGCUUAUGAGCUCAAUAUAUGGGAGCUGCCAAGUUGUCCCCGGGCUGUUAAAAUCUGACCCUUCGAAACUUAUUUGCAAGAUAAUCUUGCUCUGGAGCAUGGCGAAAUUUGACAGCGCGAUAGUUAAAUUUGACAGCUCGUUAGUUAAAAUAUUUGCCCUUGAUCCAGAUUAAAAAGGUGGGAACAUUUUCUGUACUUAAUUGAGAUUGUCAAUAUUUUUCAACAGUGGAUGAAGGGAAAAUGAUGGAAACGAAAACAUUUAGUGUCAAAAUUUGUUUGGGUUAGUCCAUGAUGUGGGUGUUUACGUUUCAAGGCUAUAACUGUCAUACUUAUUGUUAUAAGCAGAAAACUAAUAUUUAAAUAUCGACAAAUGUUCACAUCUCUACCAACUCUUGCUUUUCGCUGUCAAUUCAGUCCAUUCAAUUCUAAAUAUCUAUCCAAAUGUCAUCAUAUGAAAUGGGUCGCUCUCUCGGUUAAUUUUUACCAUUCAAGAGAAAAUAACUUUCGAAUUGUCAAAUUAUAACCAAAAAUUAAAAAAAAACACUAAAUGGUUCACAUCCUUAGAAAAUUCAGCGUCGUUAAAAUAUUCUGUUUUUACUGUUUCUCAAUGGCAACUUUAAUCAGUACACUAUUUAGUUCUACAUGAUGACGACACGAAUGAACACAAGAUGAAUGAAGCUCAUGUUUGACAAUUCUCGGUGGUUUGUUUACCUUGUCUGUUGCGUGAGUGCGAGUGCAAUGGGUGCUCAUCUGUUACAUUCCAACUCACGUAACUUCCAUGUAAACAAACCACUGAGAAUUGUCAAACGAAGUUCAUCCGGCUCAUUUUGUGGGGUUAUGUCGGCUGGUGUAAAACAUAAUCGGUACACUCAAAAAAAAGUAAACGUUAUGCCUAUUGAUUUUACACAUAGAUUUUUGCAAUUAACGGAGGCAUAUAGACACUAUUUGCUGGCACAUAAACCUAAUGUGUGUAUUUACAAGAAGUAUUAAUCAUACAUUCACAUUUCAUAACUAUUAGGCACAUAAAACCCCAUUCUAUAACAAUAUGCACAUAUAACUUAUGUGUUUGCAUACAUAAUUUAUACAGUUGACACAUAGAAAGUAUGUGUGCGCGUGAUAACAAUAGCAUUUCUUCUUCAUAUGAAUUUUAAGCGGUUUGAGGCAAAUAGAUUUAACGUUUGGAUUUUUUUCAGUGUAGGGUAACCAGACGGCCGGUUUCUCAGGACUUUUCCUGGUUUUUAACUACUCUACUGGGACUUUGGAGAAAAUGCUUGAUUUAUCCUGAUUUUUCUCCCUUAUUUUUUGCACUGAGUCUUCAUUAGAUUGAUUCUGGUCGUAAAGUAAACAAAUCCAACUGGUUCCGACCGUGGACGAUCAACGACCAGAACCAGUUGGAUUUGCUUAUUUUGCGACCAAAUUAAAUCAAAUGAAGACUCAGUGAAAUUUGAAAAAAAAAAAGAAAAAAUUGAGUUUAGGGAGCACCAGAGAUUCUUCUUAGCUUAAAUCGUCUCCGCUUAUACUAAUUUUUCGAGCGUUUCUUGCCAGUGGCAUACUUCUAUCUUGCUCGAAAUCCGUGAACCUGUUUAAUACUCACCAAGCCAGCAAUACCUAGGUGACGAUUAACAUGGUUUCACGUAUGAACGUUUGACAGCGACCAACCUUCUGUGUCGGUUCCGACAACAUAAGUCAAAAAAUGACUUAACGCUUGUCCGGACAUGCCGCAGACACAGGUGAUUCGAAUUUAAAAUGUGAAAAUAUUCUGACCCCCGCGUGUAGAAGACAAAGGGUUAAAUCGUCGUAAAACUCUAACCUUGCUCGUAUGACCCUAUUCCACGCUUUUCUAAAUUUUCUUCCUUCGAGUUCUUGCUCUUCCUUGACUAUUUCACACCUUCCAGUCUCAUGCUAAUAAAAAAUAAAUAAUUUCUGUGUCUAACAUCCAAAAAUAUCCUACAUAAUAGAGAGUAAAGAAUGUCGCGAUAAAUCUGAUGUUAUUUACACCAACCAAUCUGUCGCUUUUUAUUAAGGUUACCGCGAUGUAGGAAUCACUAUUUUGCAGAAAUUUGGAAUCAAUUUUUAUAGUUGUUUCUAUACUAGCUCACAGAUAGGACGAUGGAGAUUACCAGGUACUAACAUUUACUUCAACUUUAAGAAUAUCUCAAGGAAAGCAUCUGGGACUGUUAAUGUUUCUGCUGUAUUUCAAUGAACAUCUAGUAUUGAAGAUUUCGUCUGAAUAGCUCACUUGAAAAUUGUAGAUUUCUCCAACAUGAGCUUUCAGUUUUUGUUGGUUCAGGAAACAGGAAUUAGUAGCGAUUGGCUCAAAUGACACGUUCCUCAUAUUGAUCGGACAUUCGUGCCUUGCCAUGUUUUGUCUUUUCAUAAUUUCCAUGAUUGGAAGUAUUGGGGAAGUGAUAAGGUUAGGGGUAAGGAAAAUAACACACACAGAACAAUUAAAACAGAACAUUGUGCACCCCCGGAUAGAUGCUGAAGGAUCUACAGGUGCCACGAUAGCAGGAAUAAAACUUGCAACCCACGGAUAGAUUUAGAUUUUUCCUAUAAACAGAGCGAGCGGGUAUAUCAACAGCCCCGAAGGGCUAAUGAGCUAAUAGAACAACACUACCUCCGAAGAGAUAUUGUCCCCUAUUGUCAUUCAAAUACGGCUUAAACUAUAACUCUUUACCACACUUCGUUAAGGUCAAUAGCAUAUCCUUGAGUUUCAGCCCUCUGUGCAUAGGUUUAUCUAUGUAUGGAGAACCAAAAAUUCGAAUAUAUAAUUUCAUUACUCCAAGACAAUUACAAAUCAAAUGAUAUGAAGAUACGUAAUCGAAUUCACAAAGAUAACAGGAAUAAUACUCAGCACGCUGAAUAGUAGCCAUGUGAUAAUCGAGUUUGCAAUGACCAAGUAUACUGGAAUUGUGCUUGGAAAAAUGCAGCAAAUUUUUUGACAUUUUCGGUCUCACACCCAGCAGAAAAGUCUUUGUUUGAACGCAAGUUUGCAAGCUACGCCAAUAGUUGGUAUGUUCGGAUGCAGCCCAAGAGCGAAUCUUGUGCCUUAUCCAACUUAUCGAUGGUGGUAGAACUGGUUCUGGACCACCGAAGUCAGUCGCAGCGCCAACUGUAGCCAAUUCGUCCGACCAUUUAUUUCCAGUCAUACCGGAAUGACCGAGUACUCGUAGAAGGUAGAUAUCAUUUGAAAUGCUAAGGUGCGAUUACGAAUUUCGAUCUUGAAUCUGUCGAACUAAGUGGUUUUAGGGCAGCCUCACUGUCAGAACAAGCAUAGAUUUUUACCGCAAAUUCCCUGUUGAAGGUCCGAUUGUAUCUACCAAGCGAAUGAGACUGGUUUAAUCUCAUUUAACGACAAUAGACUUCAGCACCGGCUCGGCCCCCCAACAGUAUAACAAACUACAUAUUCUUCAAGUUGUCGCUUCAUCUAGCCAGACUGCCAUUCCUCGCGAGGAGGAUGUGGAAGUUUUAAAAGGAAAACUACGUGUGAGUGUAAGGUCACUAAGAGCAAGUGUAAACUCAUCCCAAGUAACCAUUUGAGGUUACAGCCCUGUGUGGCUAGGUGCAUGAUCUAUUGGGUUACUGCUCGAAAGCCCACUAACUUUAAAACAGAAUGCACAAGAUUCUUAUUUCCGAAACUCAUAUGGUGGUUUUAAGUUGAAGAGUGUCUCUAGAGCAGCAGUAGAUGUUGUCGAGAACGCACCAGUCAUCGCCAUCAAAACCAAACUCUGAAGAUGGAUUAACUUUGCUUCGAUUGUCAUAACUUCGCCCUUCUGCCAUCAAACAAGGUACCCGUAUGCCAGUGUUGGUCUAACAAUUGUUGUGUAGAUCCACUGAAUGAACUUGGGUUUGAGUUCCUAAGAUUUGCCUAAAUUAGCAAACUACAUUAGCCGAAGGCCAUGCAAGCUUUCUUGAUUCUGAAAUCGAUGUAAGCUGACCAAUUAAGUUUUAAAUCAAGAAAUACCCCAACGUACUUCACUUGAUCUGCGAUAAUAAUUUCAGAGUAAAAGAACUGCAACGGGCAAGCUCCGGUUGUAAUCCUUCGUUGCGUGAAAAGCACGAUUGAUGUUUUAUUUGGAUUAACUGAUAGUCCAACAAGAAGACGCCGUUGCUCAAUAACACAUAAGGCUUGUUGCAUCAAAAAGUGUGUUAAGGCAAUUAUGGGUCAUUAUUAUAUGAUAAUCAUUGGCGAAACUAUAUGUCGGAAGCCCAAGCUCAUUAAGCAUCCUUAACAAGCCAUCGGCGACAAGGUUUCAUAGACUUGAUGACAGCACAUCACCUUGAAGACAUCCGCUGACACUCAGUUUCCUUAUCUUUACUUGCCUUAACGAUGAACACAGCUGUCGGUUGCUAAGCAUUGCGUGUAUCCAGUUCGUGAUAUAUGAAGGUACUCCAUGACUUCGUGCUACUUCCAAUAUGGAUUCGAUACACACGUUGUCACAAGCACCUUCAAUAUCGAGAAAAACUCCUAAACUUGAUUGCUUUUGUGAACUUUUAAUGUUGUAGACAACAUUGUGUAACAGGGUGGUAGUAGACUCCUCCCGCUGAUAGGCAUUUUGCAUUUUAUGCAGCGGGUGCUCGCCCAAGCUAACAUCCCAAAUGUAGUGGUCGAUUAAACGUUCCACUGAUUUGAGAAGGAAGGAGGUCAGACUGAUCGGUCUAAAGCUCUUUGCAUCCUCAUAAGUGGCGCGGCUACCUUUGGGAAUGAAUUUUACAAUUAUUUCCCACACGCUAAUGGAAUGUAUCCUGUUUCAAGACAACAAGUAGAACUGGAAUGAUUGCAUCUUUUCCUAGAGACUUAUACAGAGCAAAACUUACAACAGCUCAUCUACUGACAUCUUCGUCAGACGAGUAUUCAUCAUUAACAGUUUUAAUCGAACUGACAUGAAAGUCUUUCGAUCUUGAAAGUAACUUAUUUAAUCUGCUAGUCUCGAUGAGACUUGAGACAUUUUUGCAGAGGCUUUGCUCAGAGGAUCGAAGAGUAUUUCUGCAAUUCCACGUUCUUCUACAUACAUUUUUGAGUCGAACAAGUUCGUUUUUCCACCAAGUUGUUCCUCUAGAAGCAUGCAUAACUCGAAGCAGGCAAGCCUCUUGGUAUGCUGCUACCGCAACGUUAAGAGCGUCUCGGGGAAAGAACCUGGGUCCAGGGUUACCACAUAUACAGAUUAUUCUGUAUUUUACAGAUUUUUCAAGAUAAUUUACGACAAAGAUUCUGUAUAUACAGAUUACAGAUUUUACGCUAAAAUACAGAUUUUACAGAUUUUCGGUGUAGGUUAGUAGAAAACCCAGUCUAUCAGAAUUUCAUAUAACGCUUAAAAAGCAUCCUAUGCAGCUCAUACAUUAAGUAACCGCUAAAGGCUAGUUUACAGUUCGGAAAACGUGUCAUGGUAUUUGGGUCCCUGUGUAUUUUAAAUGGAUCUCGGGAUUUCAAAUCCCGUGACGGGAAAUAAGUCUACACAAAAAUGACAGUUUUCAUCACGGGAUUUUGAAAGUCUUAACACAAACAAUUCAACACAAAUUGGUGUUUUUAGAAGCUUGUUUUAACAGUUUGGAGAGAUCUCGACGGAAAAUUUCCCAUGAUCAAAUACCGUGACCCAUUUCCCAAACUGAAAACUAGCCUUAAGGUAUGGAACAAAAACGCCAAAUUUAGGUAUCAUUUGUUCUCCAGAUAAAGAAUAAAAUCAAUGUGAGUGUUAUAUUUGUGAUCGGUUAUCACAAUUAAUUUUUUAUUGUCAAAAUAUUGUUUUUUGGGAAGCUCAUAGUUAAUUUUUGAAUACAGAUUUUCGAUUCAGAAUUUUUCUCCCGCGAUACAGAUUUCCAGAUUUUUUCACGAAAAAAUGUAGAUUUCAAUGUAGCAACCUUGCCUGGGUCUGUUGAUGUUUCUGCUUUAUUUCAAUGGACAUCAAGUCUGAAUAUUUCUUUUGAAUCGCUCACUUGAAAAUUUCUCCAACAUCAGCUUCAAGUUAUUGUUGAUUGGUAUAGAAAGAUGUGUGCAAAUGUGGAAACGUGCUAGGCGAUUUCAAUCUCUCGAAAGACCCGGGUAAUUUUAAAUAACUGCAGAAAUUGAACGCCAAUUGUUUUCACUACCGAAAACCUUGGAGAAAAUCUGACACGUUCAUUGCGGGAAGUACCGUUAAAUCAACUUUGCAUGAGCGGAAAGAGACUGUCCUAAGUUUUUACUCAUCUGUUCUGGUCACCCUAACUAUACCAAAAUUUACCCUAAAUUAAAUUCAAAGCAAUUCAAGCUUAGAGAUAAACAAAAUCGCUGAAAAAGAAAGUUUGUGAAUAAUAGUUUUACUUCGCUUUCCCUUAUCUGAUUUGAAUAGUUUAGUAUUACUCUAAAAAAUAUAAAGAAUAACAUAUCAGCCAUAUUUGCGAUCAGUACACCAUCUACAAACCACACUAACUGCGCUGAACCCACUCUAGGUUGUUGGGAGGCAAAAACAACUAUUCGAGCCAUUUUCUCAUUAAUCAUUCUCUUUCAAUCCUUCUUCGUCAUCGCCGAUGACGUCCGGUGCCCGAUUCUCCGAGGUGUUAUCGAAGAAAAGUGCUGAGUUCUACACGCUACCCUCAACCCAUCCCCGACCCUUCUGGGAAGCUAAUUAUUACAGUUUAUUCAAUUAUUUAUUCAUCACCCGUGUACAAUUCUCCCCUCGUAUUUUUUUUUGGUCUCCCCUUGUACUUGGUUAUCCAUACACUCACACAAGGUGGUAGUUAUCGUUAUCACGAUCACCUUUCGUGCCGGUCGACACUUGCGAAUUUGAUUGUGUAAAUUCAUUGAAAUGUUUCAGGCGGCACGCUUGUCAAGAAAUAUUUCAUCAUGAAAUAUGCAAGUGAAAAAAAGAAAAUUAAAUCAUAAAUACGUCCAAGGCAAUUUUAAAGAAAAUUUUAUAAUAGUAAAGUAUUAAUCCAUCCUCUCUCGCAGGCUGAAGAAGGUAAAUAAAAUUUGCCACCCUCUCCCUCUGAUACCCCGUGGGAUAGAUUUAGGAGAAGAAAAGUUUUUAAAACAUGACAUGUUUUUCGUUAUAAGGUAAUAAACCCCGUUCUGUUUGAGGUAUGUACAAUAGUAGCAAAAAAAACAGUAAGCAUUUAGCGUUUAGGCGUCUUUUUUUCAGGACAAUUAGUGAGUAAGUAAAGAGAAAAACUGCAAACAUACAAAAAAAGAUUGUUAAAAGUUAUGCGAAAAUCGUAAAUUAGUGAAUGAGAUAAUAACAGUAGCGACCGUAAGAUGAAUGAAAAAAUGCAAAACAUUGAAAAAUCUAGUCUUCACCUAGUCUAGUGAGCACUGUUGUGUGACAGUUACGCUAACAAACAUGGGCUCCCACAGCCAACCAAACACACUCACCAUGCAUACCUAGUUUCCUUUUAGUACGUAAGCUACAAUCGAUAAAAAAAACUAUAAAAACAACUAUCGUAUUCUAGUCCUGUCAACUUUUGCUGGGAGCCGAGAUUGUUUUACUUUAGGUUCCAAUUGUAAAUUUCUGUAAAUACAAUUUUACCUUUUCUACUUUUUCGUCAAAUUCUGAGUGCUUAACGAAGUAGAUCCUUUUCUGUCACACUUAUUUUGCUUCAAUUAUAUCUAGAGCUUUUCAAUCUGAAACAUUCAGCUAGGGAUUUUUGUACUUAAUAAAAUUUAACAAAAACCUUAGCCACUUUUAAUAAUUUUGAAUGUUGCUCCAGAAACUUAUCUUGUCAUAGGAGGCGGACGGGCAACGAGUUCAAGUUAUUCUCGCCUACUUAUUGAAAUGGUCCUAUGUGCAGAUAAGAGUGGCUCAUUGUUUACUCUCUCUCUCUCUCUCUCUCUCUCUCUCUCUCUCUAUUCCGAUUAUUACGGUGGAAUGACAUUUGCUGCACUCUUUCCCAGUAAAGUUCAGCCGGAAAUGAACUGGAAUUCUGGCUAGUUCCAUUUCUUAUUCCCGCUCCAAUGACACAACCGAUUCUAACUAGAAUCGGUUGUGUCACUGAAGCCGGAAUACGAACUGGUACCAGUUUGAAUUCCGGUUCAUUUCCGGCUGAGCUUAACUAGGUUGAUUACUGUUGCUUAUGAGCUGUUCUUUAGAAGACCUGUGAACAGCUAAUCGGUAAUAAUAAUCAAAAAGCGCAGUAAGUGUCCGGUCCGGUCGAGUUGGGGACCGCUAUGUAACACAGCGUGUUUUACUUCAAAGAAACAUCAUCUCUGGGCGACACCAUCAUAUUUUAUAGUAAUUUUCCAUUGCUCAUUAAAAACGACGAUUUCGACUAGCAUUGACUUAUUUGACGUCUAGGACACCAACACAGUUGCCUUGUGUAAAAACCAGUGCACACAGCGUUACAUAGCGGUACUUUCCGAGACCCUUCUCGGCCGGAAUUACAUUUGGUGCUUUUUGUUUACUUGGCUGAUCAGCUGUUCACAGGUUUUCUAAAGAACAGCUGAUCAGCUAAAUAAACAAAAAGCGCACCAAAUGUCAUUCCGGUAGAGCUUGGGCUCGGAAAGUAACGCGUGUAACACAGCCUAUUUUGGUUGAUAGACAACAUACAUAUAACGCGAUGUUUACGAUUUGCCAUCUGAUUUAACCUCCGUUGGCAAAAAUUCCACCCGAUUUAACCUCAAUCUCGCACUAAUAUUACUGCACAUAGAUUAGUCAAUAGUAGGCAAAUUUUGAGUAGAAAACAAAAACGCAAUCGAGUUAUUAGCAGAAGUAAAAGUAAACAAAGAGGGAGGCGCUCAUUUGCACAUAGGACAAUUUGUGAAAAUUUCCUAGCUGUAGUCUUCAUUUUCAUAGAAAUUUUCUCUUAAAAAGCUCGAAUCUUUCCUGUUAAUAAGAACAACGAAUAUUGCAACGAAUUUUCUUUUAGUUCAAGUGUAUUAUUUUAGUUUUAAGGUGGAUACACUUACAGACUUGGCAGUUGUCUUGGUCACAAAAAAGUAAACAAAAUCGAAAUUUGCCUAAGCUACACAAAGUAAAGGCACGUUUUGGCCAUGAGAACAAGUGAACCGAUAUACACAAAUAGCUUUUUCUUCCGUUCACGAUUGAUUUGCCUCCGCGUUUUUUUUGGUAACAGUUGACAGCAAACAACUAGUGAGUAAGUGAGGACAAAAACUGUUCAAAAGAAGCAACGAAGGUUCUGAACGAAAAGCAACGUUUCUCAAACAACGAAUUAGGAUGUAAGUAAAUAUAAUUGUUAUUUUCCGUUUGAUUUCUGAUGGAAUAGUAACUGGUCUACACGGAUGUUACUACCGUUUUCUUACUUUCUGUAAAUAGAACACUUGAAGAUGUAAUUUUCCAAAACAAUGAUUGUAAAAUAUACAAAACAUCAUAUUAAAUUGUAAGUUCGAAAACUAUUCGAUUGAUUUGGAAAAGUGACACAAAUCUGACGCGAUGCGAGCACCACAAAUAAGUCGUUUGUGGAUAUGUAAUCUGAGGACUAGUUUUUUCGGCCACCAAUAUCAAAAAAAACGUUACCGAGGAAAUAGAGAAUAUUCCUUAUCUCAACGAUUUCUCUAACGUCACCGAAAACUGUCAAUUCGCGGAGCAGCAAGCCUCGUUUCUGUGAACCGUGGGGACAAACAUGUUUUGGUAUUUUUUCACUAUUUUUUACCAGAUGAUCUUAUUUGUACGUUGUGAUUCAGUGCUAAUACAGAAUACAAUCCAACAAAUAACUCAUUUCCGACAAAAAUCCAUAUGGGACACUUAUGCUUUAAAGGGCAGUGCAGGAUUAAGUACACACAUAGGUUCUUUCUAUCGAAUCCUGCAAUUUUUGACAUUAAAAAUGUCACGUCGCUAUAUGGGACUGCGUGCCAUUCUAAUAUCUUCAAUCUAUCCAUGUCACGUUUUUGCGUCAUUAUUUUGAACGCUAAUACCUCUGCUAAUGGAUUUACGUCAUUUUACCUCCAAACCAUUCAGAAUUAACUGAAAUUAUGCUUUCUAUGUUGUUUAUCUGUUUCAAUUGUACACUAUUGAUAAGUGACUCAACCAAAUACGGAGAGGUUAUUAAUAGAGGUACCGGGUGUCCAUUUCAAUGAUUCGUUGCUCGCAUGAUAAACGAGCAACAUCGUAAAAAUAACAUCCGGACGGUACGAUAAACGGUAAACGCUAUGGAUUUUUGGCAGCGAUGUUAUUGAUGUAUUCUUACAUGUUAUGCAGACGCACGUAUUCACUCAAAAAACAAAUUUGUAAAAAGCCAGAAUGAUACGAAUAUUUUUAUUAUUCAGCUCGCCUGUGAUGAUUAUUUUUGUUUUACACAGCUUACACAAACACAAUAUAAUUUAUGACAUGUGCGAGCUAUAUGAAUUUAAGUACAAACCAGUAUCUCAUCUGUAGAAAUUUAUACCGUAUGGACAUAGCACUUUAAUCGACAUUUACUUACCUUACCGUUCAGGCUAGAGCCAUGUUGUCUCUUGCUUUAUGCAGAAGCCGUCUCCACUCCACUCGGUCCAUUGCUGCUUGUCGCCAGCCUCGCGGUUUUCGAAGGGUCCGCAGGUCGUCCUCUAUCUGGUCGAUCCACCGUGCUUGCUGUGCGCCCCGCCUUCUUGUUCCUGUAGAGUCGCUCUCAAGAAUCAUCUUCACCGGGUGCUCGAUGGAUGGUUCUUCCAGCAGCUGAUGCAACUCAUGGUUCAUUCGCCUGCGUCACGUUCCGUCUUCCAUCUGCACGCCACCAUAGAUGGUACGCAACAUUUUUCGUUCGAAAACUGCAAGGGCGCGUUGGUCCUCCACGAGCAUAGUCCAGGGCUCGUGGUUGUAGAGGACCACCAGUCUAAUCAGCGUCUUGUAGAUAAUCAACUUCGUGUAGCGGCGAAUUUUGUUCGACCGGAGCGUCCACCGGAGUCUAAAGUAAGCACGAUUUCCCGCCAAGAUUCGUCUCUGAGUUUCUCUGCUGGUAUCAUUGUCGGCGGUUACCAGUGAGUCCAAAUACACGAAUCGACCAUUUCGAUUUCGUCACCGUCAAUCCGAACUCGGGAUGUAUUUUGUCUUCGAAACGUUGAUGACAAGUCCAAUCCUGCUGGCUUCAGCUUUCAAUCUGAUGUACGUUUCCGACAUCGCCUCAAAGUUCCGUGCCAAUGUCGUCGGCCAAUGUCGUCGGCGAAACCAAGAAGCUAGACGGACUUCCUGAAGAUUGUGCCACUCGUGCCUAUCCCCACUCUCCUUAUUGCAUCUUCUAACGCAACGUUGAACAACAGGCACGAUAUACCAUCACCUUGCCAUAACCCUCUUCGAAAUUCAAAAGGACUCGAGAUUGUUUCUGAUACUCGAACAACGCAUAUCACCCGAUCCAUCGUCGCUAUGACUAAUCGUGUUAGCUUAUCUGGAAAACCGUACUCAUGCAUUAUCUGCCAUAGCUGAUCUCGAUCGAUUGUGUUAUACGCCGAUUUGAAAUCGAUGAACAAAUGAUGUGUGGGCACGUUUUAUUCGCGGCACUUCUGCAGAACCUGCCGAAUCGCGAAUAUUUGGUCCGUGGUGACACAACACCCAUGAAUACCGCUCGGUAGUGCCCCACGAACUCCCUGGCAAAUGGUGACAAUCGGCGGCAAAGAAUUUGGGAGAGGACCUUGUAGGCGGCUCUAAGUAGUGUGAUCGCGCGGAAGUUGCAGCAGUCCACCUUGUCAUCCUUUUUGUAGAUUGGGCAAACGACACCCUCCAUUCACUCCUCCGGAAGAAUCUCCUCCUCCCAAAUUUUGGCGAUUACCCAGAGCAGCGCUUUAACCAGUGUUUCACCACCGUAUUUUAAUAACACGCUGGGUAGUUGAUCUACACCGGCAGCUUUGUUUUUCAGCCGACUGAUCUCCUCCUUGACUUCUCGGAGAUCAGGGGUCGGCAGACUAUCGUCUUCUGCGCGUGCUCCAAGAUCCGUUGCCAUACCGCCUUCGUCCUCUACUGCUUCACCGUUGAGGUGCUCGUCAUAAUACUGCUUCCACCUCUCAAUCACUUCACACUCGUUCGUAAGAAGGUUGCCGUCUAAGUCCCUGCACAUAUCGGCUUGCGGAACGUUGCCUAUGCGCGAACUGUUCAGCUUCUCGUAGAACUUCCGUGUGUCGUUUACGUGGUAAAGUUGCUCCAUCGCUUCGCGAUCUCUUUCCUCCUGUUGGCGCUUCUAUCUCCGGAGGACCGAAGUUUGCCUGUCCCGUGCUUGUUUGUAUCGCUUCGCAUUCUGUCUCGUUCCGUGCUGCAGCAUCCUCGCCCAAGCUGCAUUCUACUCCUCUAUUAACUGCUUACAUUCGUCAUUGAACCAGUCGUUUCCUCGAUUCGGAAUUGCUGUAAAUAGUACCGCAAUAGCAGCACUUCCUAUGGCGGAACGGAUCUCCUUCCAGCCAUCUUCAAGAGUAGCUGCGCCCAGCUGUUCUUCCGCGUGUAGUGCUGCUUCCAGCCGCUGUGCGUAGUCUUGGGCAACACCGGCGUCCCGAAGUUGCGCGAUGUUGGGCCUUGGUGUCCGACUACGACGAAUGUUGUACACCGUCGAGAGUUUCGACAUUUGCUUGAAAUUAUUUUGCAAGCGGAUUUUUCCCUGCAAAAUCCAACAAAAUCGUGAGGGAAAAGGAAAACCGUCUUCGCUAGUCCCGAUCCAGAGUCAGUCGAUUCGCGCUCUGACGACAAAAACAUCAUUUGAGAUAGUCAUAGUACUUUGCUCAUAUUCCGUACUCUUGUCGUCAAAUUUGUCCCAUGUCCUAGUGGACUGAUUUGCGAUUGUAGGCAGUUCUAUCGCCAGGGGCGGCGAAACACUUUACGCCGGAGUGGGUAGAAAGCAUAGGGUGAGAGGUCCAUUAGUAAGGAUUGUUUCCCUUUUCGCAAUGCACACGCUUACAUUACAUUCACAUCAAAUCACGUUUGUUUAUGCAAAUGGAAUUGUGGUACAUCGAUGUUUUCAAAUGUGCGAGAUACAUGCGUUGCGCAUCUAAAUUUUUUGAAAUGGCUCAAAAUUUCUAGUGGGUAAUUACCCACUCGGUUAUUUUCGAGUGGGUAGUACUACCCAUACUACACACGCUUUUCGCCGGCCCUGUCUAUCACAAUCAUAAACAGGAAAACAAUGUUAUUGAAAAAUCAAAUUGAAACACAUCCGAAGAUUACGUAUCGCUCGACACGACUAGCUGGUGCUCGCAUCGCACAGGUGGUAACUAUUAGUCUGCAGGCAAAUCACUGGCAGGUACGCUUCUUUAGAUGUUGAUUGAGUAUAUGAAGUUCACAGCAUCUUCAAGCAUAACCAAUUUGCUGUUCAAAUCCGACGGGCAAAAAGUUAAAUGCUAUUCGGAAAUAACGAACAGGAGGUACUAGAUCUCAUAGCCUUAGGUUUUAUACAAAAAUACAUAAGAAUAGGCUUCCUGCAAACAGCAAAACAUGUAAAUAACCCCCACUUUACCUUUUCCUAGUGAAAAUUAAUUUGUCAAGUCAAUCUCGUUUAUUUAGUGAUCCCUGGGUACCGGUUGGGUUUCCGCCAACGCAUUUUCGGGUUUAUUAAAAAUGAGUACUUCGUCACAAAAAGCAAGCCGGAAGGAUCCAAUAAUGAAUUAUCUUCCGGUGGCCGUCUAUUUUUUUUUCUCUCUAUCACUGCUUGGGGUUGACAGGUGUCAAUGUUCGCUCAGACCACCGGGAAUCCACAAUACAAAGAGUAGUAUCCGGAGGGUUGUGCGUAAAAUUUGCAAAAAAAAAAAUAAAGGUGACACCGUCAGCUAGGAAUGCCGACGACAAGUAGGGAAAGAUAAAUUGACACUUGUGAAAAGAGUUGAAGAGGUUAGAUUUUUCCUUCAUUUAUUGUAUUCUUUUUUUCCCCCUGGAAGCAAUCGGACAGGAACGUGCUGUUGUGGACGGAUGUGGGUAAAACGUGCAAUAGGAUUUGAUGGGUUACGACUUGCGCUGUGAUCCAAGGACCAGCGAUGUUCUGCCAGCAACCCCUUUGAAGUAGAGAAGAGUGUGUUUUUGUUUGUGAGCAGUAGGCUAAGUUCGGCGCAUUGUAUGAUAGUCAAUUCUAGUUUCGUUUCCUCAGAUACAGGAGAUCCCUACUGAUGUCCCCCGGAGUGUCCCUUCUCACAAAAGAAAGGCCCCGACAGGGGAUAGCGAUUGUCAAUUCUAAUUUAUACUCUCACGUAUGGCAUAAACGCAAUUAGUUAUCCAUCCAACAAAAUGGGAAAACCAGAGAGCUUUAGUCCUUAAUAAUCGAGCAAUUAGAAACUUUAGUAGAUAAACCUUUUACUCAAACCACAUAUACAUACAUAUAGGUACUCGACUAUAUUAACGGUAAGCCCCCCUUGUUAAUUAUUACCCCUUUCUCAGCAGUAGAGUUAACUGUGGAACCUCCGGCGCCGGGUUUGGUUGGACAUUGCUCGCGACGACCUGCCGGAAGUUCCAUCCCCCUUCUUCUCAGCAAACCCAAUUGGUGGGCAAAGGCAAUUUGCCAACACGAUUGUAAAAGGGAGUGUGAUCUAGUCAAGUUAAGAAGAGAAAUUUAAGGACACGCGCGACGAGGCUUUCUAAAUGAUCUCAUUACGUAUAAGGAAAAACCCCCUCUCUCUCAGGAUCGCUAGGGUUCAAAACAAUAGGACGUCCGUUAGAACACAAUUGUACAUAAAACCGAGGGAAGGUCCCAUACAGUAGAACUAAAACCAAAAAUUAGUGCGACUAAGAAGACUAUAGCAAAGAAGUUACAAUAAAGCAACAUUUACUCUACUCUAGCUGAUAGCAGUUUGAGUUGUUUUUGUACUCCCCUCCAUUUGGACUCGAGUCAUUCCCUGGAAGUAGUUCACAUUUUAUCAGGCGUAGCGAAAUAUACUAAACGAGUAAAAACAAGCAGCAAACCAAUAACUUUGAAAGUAGGUUUAUGCAGCCCCUCUCAACUCAACUUAAGUAGGACCGAUUUAAGACUAUUUAAUCAUUUAUUUAUUUAACUUAUUUGAAACGUUUUACGCAAAGCUAAGUCAACAUUCUAGCCAGUACUGAAAACAUAUACUCAUACAUUUGAACAUUUUCCUUUGAGAAAAAUAGUGAAGAAAUGAUAAACAAUACAAUUAGCAAUUAGUCAAAAAGAGAGCAAUUGUACAUAAGCAAUAUUAUAAUGAGAAAAGAGAUAAAAAAUAUUAAAAAGUUUUAAAUCAAACAGAAGCAACAAUUAUUACUUUUAAACGAAUGAAAGCAACCAAUACUCAAAAUACAACAAGCAGUAGCAGAACGUAUAGUAGUGAGCAAUAUAUUUAAGCUUAGCAAACAACAAUAACAACAAGAAAAACAAAAGUAUUUUUAUAACGACAGGAAAAAAAAAAUAAAACAUCCAGAACAAAACGAAACGAAUAAGAGAGUAAAGAACGAACCGCUUGACGUUUGGAGUAGUUCCCCUAUUAUUGAUUCGAUGUCAACCGAAAAAAAGCAAACAAACACAACCAAACAAGACGUAAACAAACAACAAUAGGACGGAAAGUGUUAACCGUACGUAUUGAUCGAUUGAAUUAACGAUAUUAUACAGUAACACGGACAUUGCUAUUAUUUAAGACGGAAAACCUUAAGCCACGAAAAGGAAACAUUCAGAAGAAGAAAAACUAUUAUUAUUAUUAUUAAUAUUAUUAUUAUUAUAUUAUUAUUGAUUGAUUGAUUGAGAAGAAAAAAAAACAAAGAAA